AUGGUCUGCUCCGCGUCCGCGGACUGCACCGUGCGCCUCUUCGACGCGUUAGAGGGCCACCUGACCUACAUCUUUCACGGCCACGCGUCCGCCGUCGUCUCCGUCGCCUACUCGCCGACGGGCCGCUACAUCGUGUCGUCCAGCGACUACGGCGAGCGCGCGAUCAAGCUCUGGGACGCGGCCAUGCCCGCGACGGCGUCCGUGACGCCCGUGACCAUGCGCGUCCAGUGGACGACGGAGGGCCUGAUCAGCCGCUUCACGCUCGUCAAGGACCCGCCCAAGUCGCUGCUGGAGCCGCCGAAGAAGGACCAGCAGGACAACCACCUCGGCGAGAAGCGCCAGGACCCCUGGGAUCUGUUGACCGACGGCGAGGACGAGGAGAGCGAGCAGGAGCGGCGCGCGCGCGAGAAGGAGGAGCGGAAGAAGGCGCGCGACGCGGAGCGCGAGCUCCGGGACGCGUCGAUCCAGGCCGCGCCGGACAUCAAGGAGAGCGGCGGGUUCUCCCUGUCGCUCGCGUCCGUGGACCGGUUCGGGAGGGUGACCCAGGUCGACUCCUACUACGGCGGCGUCACGCUCCAGGUCAUCCUGCGCGGCGUCGACCCCAUCGCCGAGUUCUUCGUGGGGGGCUACGGCAAGGACAGCGUCCACGACACCUUCGUCAAGGGCUCGGGCGCGCGGCGCGGCCUCUUCGGCCGCGACCUGCCGCUGGGCACGCGCCACACGUGCGACAAGGCCGCGGUGAACACGCGGCGCUUCAACGCGCGGCCCGAGGUCGAGCUCGCGUGGACGGCGCCGCCCCAGGGCAGCGGCACGCUGGUGGCGACGAUCAUCGCCGUGGGUCUACGGGUCGUCAAGCCGAACAACGGCGGGAAGAUCAUCUCGAAGCUGGUGGUGCAGCGGCGGGAGUUGCGGCCCGGCGGCGUCAAGAGCGAGUGGGCGAACGAGCUCGGCUUCCCGCCGGCGCCCGGCGCGACGGGCACGCCGUGCGACCUCACCAUCGAACCCCUGAAGCCGUCCGUCGUCUACCAGUUCCGCGUCGCCGCGGCGAACGCGAACGGCACGUCCGGCUGGUCGCUUCCCUCCUUCCGGUCGAAAACGCAAGACGCGGAGCCGCCGACGAAGCCCGGCGACCCGGAGGUCGCCAAGUGCUACCCGAAGGCCGCGGACUUGACCUGGGCGCCCGCGGACCCGCGCGGGUCGCCCGUCGCGGGCCACGUGCUCGAGCUCAAGAGGCUCCGCCGCGCGCCGCCCGGCGCGGCCGCGGCCGGCGACGACGAGUCGGACGCGAACGACAGCGACAGCGGCGGGUCCAUCGACAGCGACGAGGCGCGCGCGCCCCUCGUCCGGGAGGUCACGCGCGAGACGGCCGGCGCGGCCGACGGCAUCGUCACGACGCUCGAGAUCGGCUACCGGAGCACGUACCACGCGGAGAAUUUGGAGCCGACGGCGCGCUACGUGUUCCGCGUCGCCGCGUGCAACGGCGAGGGCCAGGGGCCCUGGAGCGCCUGGUCCGACUCCUUCGCGACGCUCCAGCCCGCCCAGCCGGCGCCGACGGCGCCGCGCGCGACGCAGCGGCGGACGAACGCGCGGGGGAAGAGCCUGUUCCCCGGCGCGGCGCGCGACUAA